AACACAUUUCUUUGUCGUGGCAUUCAGACGUGGUUAUAUAAUAAAUAAUUCUCAAUAAUAAUUCUGAAAAGUGACUCCAAUGGAAUUUCGUUUUCCCAAGAUUUUACGAUUGACUUUUCUCGGAGUCAAUGUCGUGCUCAUGUUGACAGGUAUGGCACUUCUGGCGUUUUCUGCAUGCUCCAUAGUAAAGAGACAAGAAUUUAGAAAAGAAUCUGAAACUAAUAAACUGAUGGUCGACUUGGACAACAACGCUAGUCUGAAAAUGCUCGUAAUGGCGACAUUAAUCAGUAUCCUGCUUAUAUUCCUCAGUUUCUUCGGUUUCUGUGGAGCUUUCGGCGACAAAAUAUGCCUCGUUUCUUACUAUCUUGUUUUCGCAUCCCUAAAUCUUGCAUUAGUAAUUGUUGGUGGUAUAAUAGUUCUUCGUUUCUCCAAAAUUCCGCAAGACUUGCUGAGCGAGCACAUGGCCGAUUACAAUAAUAAUCAAACUUCGAAAGAUCUUGUGGAUAAAAUUCGAGCAACUCUUGGAUGUUGUCUAGUUCAUAGGAUGAACAAUCUAGAGGAACUAAAAUAUGCCACAGAAAAUCAAAUUGUGACAGCGUCAUGCUGUGAUUCUCAUCAACAAGAAAAGUGUCGUCAGUUUUUGAGAGAUCAAUCUUUUCAGUUAAUGAGAUGGGAGGAUUUAAAUGGAAUAGUUGUUACGGAGGGAUGUAUUCCACAAAUCGCAGAUAUGAGUGAGCGCGUUUCCGGAUUCACGUUGCCAUUUUUUAUCCUUAUUGGAUGUCUUGACUUAUCUGCCAUAUUGUUGUCUACAGCUUUAUGCUGUAGAAUCUAAAAAAUAGAAAUUACCAUCACGCAGUUUAGGUUUAAUUCCUCCUGUGAACUUUUGCAAUUUAACUUACGGUAUCAAAUGCAGAAAACCUUGAUCUUUUCCGGAAUCUUCCCAGCACGUAUCUUUAAAUGACAGUUUUGAAAUUAAGAUCUGAUAUAUGUUAUUAAUAUUUUGCAUUGACAUGUUUUCAUUAAUGUUUGCAGGUCGCACAUGCCUGAAACAAGUAAAAAAAUAUUUACAUUACAGAAUUCCUAAGAGGUCUGCCCCUCUCUUCCUCCCCAAAGAAAACUUUUAUUCCAAUGACGAUUUUGAAAAAACAAGAAAUGGCAAAGAAAGCAGGGUCAACUUACAGCUGACGGAACUGUUACCGUGACAGCUAGAUUUAGUUGAACAAACAAUAAAACUUGAUCUAAAAACACUAAUGAGGCAAAAGUGUGUGCAUGCAUGAUAGAGAAAUUGACGGGAAGAAACACAUACAAAAAUAAAAAAAAAAUUAAAAAAAAAACACGUACCUUUUAGCAUGUUUUGGCAUGCUUUCUUUUUUCUUCUAGGACGUGUUAAUGCCACGUAUCUGACAGUAUAAAUUCCAGUUCAGAAGCAGCACAAAUAGCCGAUUUUGCAAUCUGUUUCACCUUGGCUUUCAAUACAAAUGCUUUUUAGUUGUA